CGAAAGAGAGAGAGCGCCACACGAACGUGGAAUACAGUCGGACGGCACUUUGCAAACGCCUGAAAGAAUCGGGUGCCCACUUCUCACAGGAGUGGCACGGAAUACUCGUGGUCGUGGCGCGAAUCAGAGAUUACUAGGGUAUGUACAAUUGUCCAGUCUCAAAUCACCUGCCUGAGGAACCGCCGACACUCGAUGAUGCGCCCCACGGAUUAGGGAUCGAUCCCGCUGCACUGGCCGGUACAGAUGGCCCCUGACUACUCGCCUCGUUCGGCCGCAAUGCCCCGCUGGAUUUGGCGUUGUUGGCCGCAGCUGCAGAAAUGGCACUCUCUGACGCGCUAGUAUACGAGUAACUUGGAGGAGGGCCGAGUUCGACCUCUUGCGAAUCAGGAGUCUGGUGCGACGAUCCGUCCAAGUGCGACGAAUCAGCAUGCGAUAUCGGCACGCCCGGCCGAUUGGGGAUCAACGGCUCGGACGAGGAGGACACGUUGAGCAUUUGGAUGGGAUGUUGCUGCUGCGGUGGCUGAGGCUGGACGGUCAGCGGGAAGGGAUCGAAUUCGGCGGCGGCGGACAGUGCGUGCUUCGACAAACGUGCCAGAUUUGUUCGAUGUCGUCGCUGGCGCAUGAUGAAUAUUCCGACAAUGAUGGAGAUCAGAGCCACUGCGCCGAUAGCUGCUCCGGCCCCAAUGGCUGCUCCGCCCGAGCGAUGGGUGGGUGGUACAGUGGAGACGGGCGAAACUGCAACAACAGAGGGCACGUUGGCGGCUGCCAAAACGUCCGCAGUGCCCACCUGCUGGCCCCAGGGAGCUAUUCCAUACAGUCCUUGUGCAACGGCAGAGCUUAACGCACUGUCCUGCAUCCCCGUGAAGCCUGCCGCAGUCACAUUGGCCGCCGCAGCAAGCCAAGUGCCGUCAGAAUGUAUGGUAUCACUCGACCCGUCAGCGUAGGUGACCAGAAUCGUUCCGAUGAAACCAGCGGACGAC